UUACAUGAGAGCGACUAUUUAAUUUAUAUCAUAGAAGUCUCCUCCGGAAACUGGCAAUACAAAACAAAUGUAACAGUGAGUUAUGUUCUUAUUGAAGACGUUACAAACUCAAAUGAAGUGAAUGUAAAAAUUUGGGCUGCAAAUGAAUACGGUACCUCAACAAACUAUUCUGAAAUAUUCAUCAAAAAGAAAGAGCCACACAAGUCCAAGGCAUAUGCUGAAUUCACCAAGGAAGGAGAUGUUAAAAUAUAUGUCAAUUCACACUCUGUCUUUGGUGUUGAAAAAAUAGCGUUUCAAGUGUGUGGAGGGGGAAUUGCUUCUACUCGUGAUCUUUGCUUCGUAGGAAGUUCUCGCUACACAAGUUGUGGAUACGGUUGAUGCUGUUUUAAAAGAUGGAGACAUCCUGGAGUUCUUUGUUCCAUAUCUAAGCCGAUUUAAAAUAUCAAACACUAAUUCCAGCAAUGAGAUCGAGUAUACUCACUUACAAAACCUGAAUAAUUCAGAGAAUAUUUUAAACAUAGUAACAUCUUUCCUAACUUUAUACCGUCCUGAUAAUGUAAGCUACGAAACCUUACUAAAUAAAAAUCUAGAGACCUCAUUGGCUAUCGUGGAGGGUGGAGAAUAUCGCAAAAUCGUGACUUACGAAGAAGUGAAAGAUAAAAAAGUGUUUAUGUCAGUGAUGGAGGAUGGUGCCUGGACAGGGAUGGUUCCGAUAAGCUGCUAUUUCAGUGACGUGCUACAUUUUUAUUUACCACGAGCCAAGUUGAACAUCACCCAAUAUGACGACUCUGGGGACUUAAAUAGUGUGCAUCUUUCGUUUAGACAAGAAUGUUCACUUCGCCCAAACCAAUUUAUGGCUAAAUAUUUUUUAGUAUUUUCGACCUCAAGUCCUAAUUGUGACAACGAAAGGCACAUUAUUGCUAACCUCAGCAACAAGAUAUUUGAUGAUGUGCAUACUGAAAUACCAAAAGACUCUAAGUUUGUCUGCAUAGAAGCUGUUGGUCAGAAAAACGUAUCUGAUGUCUUUGGUCCCAUUAUCAUUAUUCACGGCGAUGUCUAUAAAAAACAUGCAAUCAUAUUAGGAAUCGGCAAUGCUUUUUUCCUGAUAUCAGUUAUAAUCAUAUCAAGAUAUUUCAGUUACUUUGCGUUCACAUUGGGCCGUCUAAAUAGAGAAGAGCACCAGCUUAGCGUUAUGAACAGCAGUAUGACAUCUUUAGAGAAUGUUUCUACCACGUCAAUGGAUACCUUGUUCAACGUGAAUGCUGAUAAUAAAAUGCUCUUAAAUCCAGGUUCUAGAUCUUUAUUGUCAGGUAGUAUUGAAGAUAAUAUUCAUGUUAUAAAUGAAAGUGUUAGUGGCAGUGACAGUGAAAGUGACAGUAAAACCAGUACAGAUAUUUAAUAUUUUAAAAUAUGUUGGCAAGAAAUCGUAUAUUUUUUUGUAACAAACAAAAUAACUGAUUAAUUAAGAAAUUAUUUUCUGCUCUCAUUCUUACGAUUUUACAAAUAAGAUUUAUACACCUUAAAAGGCAGCUGUAGAUGCACUGGAAAAUAUGACAUCCGGGCUUGAUAAAACAACUUUAACAGCGGGUCCACCAUACAGAUGUCAAGAUUAUCUUAGAGUUAUGUCGAAACGCCUGUAAUCAGCAGAAUUAAUUGUUAUAUCGGACAUUGUGAAAAAAAGACGAGUUGGUUUAGACGAGCGUUCAUCUAGUCAACGAUAAGUCAAGAGGUCUUUAUGCAAUAGGUUAUAAAAGUAUGGCAUUUACACGGCAUAAAAUAGUAUAUGUAUGUAUACAGUUGUUGAGAGUUUUAAGUUAAAUAAUUUGUUUUUAGCAGCAUUAAAUCGUCUUAAAUAUUGUUUGAAAUAAUAUUUCGAAACAUGCCUCUAUUAACUGGAUGGAACUAGGUGGAGAGUUUCCUAUCCUACGGUCUCGGCAUAUGCCAAAAAAAUUAUAUCUACCAAAGUUGUAACUUAAACAUGACUGUCUAAAGCUGUGAAAAUAUAUAUUGUAUUUAUAGCAUGAAAAUCUGACAGAAUAUGUUGUGUUCGACAUAAAAUAAUGUUAAAUGUUUUUUUUUAAUUAAGUACUAGUCAGACAAACCACUACUUAAAAAUAAACAAAAAUUUGAAGGAGUAAAGUCUCGUUUUUUACCAGCGAUGGUGAAAACGGAUCUGACACACUACAGUUUAAGUGGGAUUUUUUUUUCAGUGCGUUUUUCAUGUAUAUUUUUGAGUGUUUUUUUAAAAACAAUUCCCUUGAUUUUAGCUUGUGCUUGUGUUUCCACUUUCCAAUAUUUAUGUGUUGCAUUUAUGUUUACAUUGUACUAAAAUGUUCAAGCAAACAAACUCAAAAAAUGCGAUUAAAUUGUUAUAAAAUUAUGUAAAAUAUCCUCAUGUUAGUUUGAA